UCAUCCUUGUAUUGUUUCAUCCUUGUAUGAACAAUCAUAAUAAACAUACAGACAUAAUUCAAUUUGUAAAUAAAUCGCACAAUACUUCUUGUUUUUCCAUGGCUUCUGCAUCUAUAAUAUGGUUUCUUGGAUGCAUACUGAUACUUAGUCUGAACCUUACACCCUUUGUUGCUGCUGUACCCAUAGUUCCUGGUUACUACAUCUUCGGCGAUUCUCUAGCAGAUAGUGGAAACAAUAACAAUCUCAUGACUCUUGCCAAAGCAAAUUUCCAUCCUUAUGGUAUUGAUUAUCCUGGUGGCCCAACAGGAAGAUUCACGAAUGGGCGUACUUAUGUUGACUUCAUAGCUGAAUUUUUAGGUUUCGAUCACCACAUGCCACCAUUCUCAACAGCCAACGGUGAUCAAAUUCUCCAAGGCGUCAACUACGCAUCUGCUGGAGCAGGGAUUCGACCCGAAACUGGAAAAAUAUGUGGUGAAAGAUUCCACAUUAUGGCACAGCUAGACCAUCACAGAACCACAGUUAGUCGUAUAAAACAACUCAAAGGAAAUAAUGACCAAGCUACACAAGAGCACUUGAGCAAAUGCAUUUACACUGUUGGCAUCGGAAGCAACGAUUACAUGAACAACUACCUUGUUGUACCCGCAAAUCCCAAAGAUGUCGUUUUUACUCCGGACAAGUGGGCAGAAGAUCUUAUAGGCCGAUAUAAUACCUUCCUUAGAGGUUUAUAUGAUCUUGGUGCAAGAAAAAUAGUACUGUGGGGACUUGGUCCAAUAGGUUGCGAACCAUCACAGGUGAAAGCAUUAAGAAUGGCUGGUAAACCAGGUUGCGUGGAUAUGGUUAACCAUAUUGUCAGCCUGUACAAUAAUAGAUUUGCACCGCUUGUAGAUGAACUUAAUAAGUUACCUGAUGCAAAAUUUAUCUUCGUGAACAACACUCAUAUUUCACCAGGCAACAACCCUGCAAGUAUAGGUGUUAAGGUGGGUGAUAGGCCAUGUUGCACAACCGUUGCUGUGCCAGGAACAUGUAUUCGUGGCAUGCCUCCAUGCCCAAACAGGGACGAGUAUUCGUUCUUUGACAGUUACCACCCCACGGAGAAAGCUGUUCUACCUGGGGCUAAGAGAGCAUUCCAAGCUCAGGAACCUCAAGAUGUUUAUCCCAUGGACAUUAGUCGCCUAGCACAGCUUUGAUCCUCUCUUUCACAGUCCUUCACCAUGUUCUCAACUGUUUACUGGCUUUACAUCUAUAUAUUUGUUUCAUUAGCAUCUGCCUUGUAAAUUUAAAAUGUAUAUAAAUUGUCUCAACUUCAUUUUCUUGAAAUGAAGCACAUGUAAAUAUGUCUUCUUUGACAUAAUCCAGGCUGCCUUUUGAUAAAUUUUAGUGAUCUCUGAUUAUCAAGUAUAAAAAAAAUUAGCAUUACAGUUUC